GACCCAACGCGAGGCUAACUCUCGUUAGCUAUCGGGGACCGGACAUGUUGCACCGUCCUUUCCUGGAAUAAACAUAGUUUUGAACAGGAUUUCGGGAGUUAAAGGAGAAGCCAGGUGCAUCUGGUCACCAUGGAGGCUGUGAACGCCUUUAACCAGGAGUUAUUCUCCUUGAUGGACUCUAAGCCUCCUAUAUCUCGAGCUAAGAUGAUCUCCAUCACCAAAUCAGCCAUAAAAGCUAUGAAACUCUACAAACACGUGGUCCAGAUUGUGGAAAAGUUUAUCAAAAAGUGUAAGCCUGAGUAUAAAGUCGCGGGCCUGUAUGUGGUGGAUUCCAUUGUCAGGCAGUCCAGACACCAAUUUGGUCCAGAUAAAGACGUUUUUGGUCCGAGGUUCACCAAAAAUAUCACUGGAACGUUCGAGAACCUUUGUCUCUGCCCCGUAGAGGACCGGAGCAAGAUUGUGCGGGUUUUGAACCUUUGGCAGAAGAACGGAGUGUUUAAGAUCGAGGUUAUCCAGCCGCUCUUGGACAUGGCUGCUGGCUCUGGCAGUGGUGCUGCUUCCAUCACAAACGCAGAAGAGCCAGGUUCCUCGCCAUCUCCAGCCAAAGAGCCUGUUAAUGUAGUAACAGCCAACUGCACCCCAACACCUGCCCCUCCGCUGGACAACUCUGACGCCUUUGCUGCUGUAGCGCAGCUCUUCCAGUCCUCGCAGGGUCAGCAGCUUCAGCAGAUGCUUCAGAACUUUCAGCAGCAGGCGGUGAAGCCUGAAACCAAUGCUCAGCCUCCUCUGCCGACCGCUCAAACACCGGUCCAAAGUGUGCCUACAGGCCUGGCUGCAGUUGCUCCUCAACCUCCUCUUCCCUCGCCACAGCCUCCGCCACCUACCCAGACUGCCCAGCAAAAAUCAGCUUUUGACACGAAACUGCUGGACCGUUUUGAUUACGAUGAUGAACCAGACGUUGGAGAAGAAGCUAAAAAGGAUGAAACAUCCUCACAGCAACCUUUUAUGCAACAACCUCCAGCCUUUCCUCAGCACAUGGAGCACUUUAAUACACAGAUGAUGAACAUCUCACAAGACCUCACACAACAGGUUCCUGUGCCCCCUAACGGCCAGCUGCAGGCCGGUGUUGUUCUGCCGGGACAAAGCUUCCCUGUUGCCAUGCCGACGAUGGGUCAUUCUCUUCCAGGGCAGACCCUUCCUGGUUCAGCUGGGCAUUCAGGCUUCCCAGGGGCAUACCCUUCUCAAAAUGCUGCCCACCAACAUCAGGACUCCUCAGUGGAUAUGGACCAUUCAUCCAUGAGAGAUAGCCGACAUGGUCGACGCUCCCACUCAGGCUCGAGAUCUCCAAAGAGGAGACGGUCUCGGUCCGGUUCCCGCUCACGGCGGUCCAGGCACAGGCGAUCUCGCUCUCGAGAUCGGCGUCACCACUCACCUCGCUCUCGCUCACAGGAGCGCCGGGAGAGGGAGAAAGAAAGAGAGCGUCGGCAGAAAGGCCUCCCGCCACCCAAGAGCGAGGCUCUGAGCAUUUGUAGUACAACACUGUGGGUGGGUCAGCUGGACAAGAGAACUCAGCAGCAAGAUGUCGCCUCAUUGCUUGAAGAGUUUGGACAGAUUGAAUCUAUUAAUAUGAUUCCCCCACGUGGCUGUGCUUACAUUGUUAUGAUACAUAGGCAAGAUGCUUUCAGAGCGCUGCAGAAGCUCAGUAGAGGAUCGUUUAAGGUGAACCAGAAAGCAAUUAAGAUUGCUUGGGCUUUGAACAAGGGUAUAAAGCCUGAUUUUAAACAGUACUGGGAUGUGGAGCUGGGUGUCACCUACAUACCGUGGUCUAAAGUCAGAGAGGACCAGUUGGAGGAGCUGAAAGAGGGAGGAAUGCUGGAUAUGGACACCUUAUCACCAGACUGGACUAGUCUGAGAAAGACCUUGGACCACCCUGAGGAAGCCACACACAACGGCCGUUCUGAGCAACAGCAGCCGGAGGAGAAACAAGUGAUACCGAUGGCUGUCGCCGCUGCUCCUCCUGUACAAAUCCCUUCAUUGCAGCAGCCAAUGGUUGGCAUGGGUUCUCUCCAACCUCCGGUCUUUCCUGGUCCCAUUGGGAUGCCUCCGCCUGGCUUUACUCCAGGCAUUCCUCCUCCUCCUUUCAUCAGACCCGGCUUCAACCCGUUGCAAAUGCCCCCAGGUUUUCCUCCCUCAGUACCUAUGCCCCUUGGUCCCCCACCUCUUUCCAAAGGUGGAGUUGAUGACCCACCUCAAGACCCAGCAGGUCUGGGCGCCAAGAAAAAUGAUGAGGUCCUUGAGGGUCAAAACUUAUUUAACAACCAAAUGGGCCAUUUGGCAGGACCUCCAGGAGGUUUUCCAGGUGGACAUCUAACUAAUUCUACUGGUGGUCCUCCGGUUGGUCUUCUAGUCGGACACCCAGGAGGUCCUCCAGUCGGGCAUCCCGGUGGUCCUCCAGUCGGGCAUCCCGGUGGUCUUCCAGUCGGGCAUCCCGGUGGUCCUCCAGUCGGGCAUCCCGGUGGUCCCCCAGUCGGGCAUCCCGGUGGUCCCCCAGUUGGGCAUCCCGGUGGUCCUCCAGCUGGACCUCCAGGUCCUGGUGGACACCCUGGAAACAUUCAGGCCCCCUCUGGUGGUCUGCUCGGUGCUAGGCCUGGUAUGAUCCCACUUCAGCGCCCCCAGGUUCCACCACUAUCACAAAUGCAGCGUUUCCCUCCACCGCAUGGACCAAGACCACCUCACCCCAACAUGCCCCCUGGCCCUCCACAGAUGAUACCCAGGGGGCCACACCCUCCAAUGAUGCGGCACAAGCCACCACAAGCUAAAGGAGGAUUUGGGAUGCCGCCUCAACAUAAUAUGAGAGGUCCCUUCCCUCGUGGACAUGGUCCAUCUCCUCAAGGUCCUGCUCCGUUUAUAAGACCAGGUGGUCCUAGAAGCUUCGAAGGGCAGGAGGAAAUGGAUGACCGACAACUCAGGGGAGACAGGCCUGGAUUCAGGGAUCGAGAACAAGAGAGGGACAGAGACUGGGAUCGAGACAGAGAGAGGGACAGAGGGUUUGGAGGUGGAAGGCGUUUUGUUGAUGCAGGGAGAGGAGGUGGUAGUGACAAAAUGGAUGGGAGGGACAGGCUCGGAGGUUGGCAAGAGGAUAUAGGAAGUCCCCGUGGGGGAGGGUGGGAGAGAGACAGAGACCGUGAUCGGGACAGAGAUAGACGGGACUGGAGGGAGAGGCGAGGCAGCCUUGAUCGAGAAAGAGAACGAGGGCGUGGUGAUGAUGGGGAGAGGGAUCGAGGGAGAGCGGAGGGAGGAGAAAGAAGCAGGGGAGAAGCAGGGAGCCGGGACAAAGCCAGAGCACCCGAAGGCAAAGGAGACAAACCGAGGCGGGCAGAACGACGAGAGAGGACGUCACGGUGGGAUAAGGAUGAUCGACUGGCCGAACUGGAAAACAUGGACAAGUUCCGGAGCUCUAACAGCACAGAGCAAUCUGGUGUCACUCCUUCGGUUACGGUGGAAACCAGGAAAGAGCCAAAUGAGGAACCCACUAAAAAGAAAGAUGAAUCAGAACAUUUACCUGCAGAGGCGACUCCAGCUGCUGAAAAUCCACCACCCUCUGAGCCUAAAGAGCCGGCUCAAAGUGAGCCCUCAGAAACAAAAGAAGCAGCAGCAGCAGCAUCAUCGUAGACCUUCAUCACAGACGUGUGACUGCUGUGAAGGAGAGAAACUCAGAACAAAGUUUUGUCCACUGUAAUAGUCUCAGUUCUAACUAGUGACUGUUCGUCAGAUGAUCAUUAACAGUUCCUGGGCAGUUCAACAUCUCCCGCCAUGUCGUCAAGCAAAUGAAACCAGAUGUGUUGAAACAUCACAUUACAAGUAUAAUCAGGCCUUUCAUUUUGAACAAUAGUUAGAUAUGUACCUUUUUUAUUUAACCUUAGUUUGUAUACAGACUAGGUUGGGGAUCAUUUUUGUUUCCCACAUUUAUUCAUACCUUCUUGUAAUCACCUACAGGAAGGGAGGACCUUCUAAACACAUAAAUUACAUCUGUCAUAGAGUCACUUUAAAAUCUGCAACACUGAAAAUUGUCUCGAUUAACUGUUCAACUCAAUUAAGCUUCAGUGAUUUCUCUUUAUUACUUUAUUACCAAAAGACAGAAUCAAAUAAACCCAAGAACUACUAAUAAGCUCAAGGGACUUUUUUUAGGGAACAAAACAUUUUUUCAUCAUGUUAUCAUGCAAGUGUUUUAAUUUCUUUUAAGGUAGUAACCUUGCAGAAAACAUGAUUAAUCAGAAAAAUGCAAAUAGUGUUUAAAAUGGCUUUGCCUUUGACAUAUUUAAGGAGAAUAUAAUUUAAUGAUACAUAUAUGGACCUGCUGAAUGAGAUCUCCAUGAAAAAAAUAGGUUCCAUUUGCAAAAAGGGGCGAUGAGCAAAAGCUGUUCAAAAAUGUCUGGAAAAAUAAAUAAAUUUUAUUUUCUAUAAAGGAUUUUGAUACUUUUCUGAUACUUUGGUGGUCAGAUAUUUAAAAGUUAAGUGAAAGUUCAAAUUUCACAGGAAAUGUUAGGAUGUGUUCUACCCACUCUUUAGUUUACGCAUGCCUUUUAUUUGUAAUUUUAGGAAUUGUUUAAAAAUUUGCCAAAAAAAUAAAAGUUGGUUCAGAUCUGCAAAAAAAAAGACAUCAUUUGGAUUUGUGAGAAAUUUAAAAUAAAUGUUUUCUAUUCCCCAUCUGAAAGGAGGCGUAAAAAACGAAAUUUCCUUCGCUUACCGCCUGUUGUACUUUCUUAUGUUCUAUGAUUUUUACUUUUUAUGAUUUUUACAGGUUUAUCUCCUUUCAGCUCUGUUGUAUGUGAAACUCAUACCCGUUUUAGUCACAUGAAGUGUAAAACUGAACCGAGUUAUCAUUUUCUUUUUUCAAUUGAAAACGUCCUAUUUCAUUGAAGAUUUUUUUUUUUUAAGCCCAAAAUCACCAAUCGGAUCAUUAAAGCAGAAAUGCUGAACAUGGGAGACCGCUGCCUAGGACACUGCUGUAAAUAUGCUUUUGUCACUGAUGACUUUAAGGUUUAAUGCUAAUAGUUGUUAAUAAUCUGUGAUUUGCGUAUCUGAAACACGUUGACACACAAAAAGAACCGCAGACACCCGUUGCUUUAACGUUUUUAAUUCCUAGUGGUUUGAAAAUUGACAGAUGUUUCUAUGAUUUCUUUUCAAUAUGAAAAACAUGGUCAUGAAAUAGUCAAUAUUUCAGCCAUAGGAACUUGUUUUUAAUAAACUAUUUUUGUACCAAA